AUGUAUCGACAAUCAGGCCCUACCUUUACUCGGUUUCCCGAAUCAAGUAGACUCGGAACCUCUGAAGCAAGACACACACUUGAGUUACAGUCAGAACAGGAAGAUGAGUACCGUUGGCCGUUGGCUGAGGGCGACGAAUCGAGUGGCUUUGACGACACCAGAGAGCUGCAGCGAUCACAUCAAUCAUGGCGACGGACUACUUCCGCCAAUUCCUCUCAUUCUCAUACUCAAGCACGUCAGCGGAGUGAACCGCCAAUUGUCAGCACUGCGCCAUCGCCAUCUUUCAAGCGCAAAAGCGCCGACUUCAGGAGAAGAAGAGACCGCCUGUCGACACAAGGUUCAUCCGCUUGGCCACUGGCAUUUGAGCGACUCGGGUCAUCGUCGUCCCUUGGCCUUGCGGGAUGGACGUUGACUAUGGUUGUGCUUGCGUCGCUGGUGCUGAUUGCUUGGACAAUACCCUUCCUUCGGUCUGUCUGGCGCUUUGCUGUCAUCCCUUACUCAAUCCGGAUACGAUUGGCAGAUUUUACGACCGCACAGUCGACACAGCUCCACCGGUCCAACCUCCCGUCGUAUUCAACACUAUGCGGAAUACCUGUUUUGUCUCAUAUAAUUGAUUGCAACCCCAAUAGCGAGGUCCAUCCCCCAGAGUCAUUGAGCGGUAGCAUUGCGUUACUUGCCGACGACCCUGGUGAAUGGAUCCGUACAUGCCGUCUUCUGGAAACACUUUCAGCACAUCUCUCUUCUUACGCCGAGACCGAAGACCAAAUUAUCGACCUCACACUUGAGCUUGAAUUUCACGAUGUUGAGAUGGACUUGCUUUUUCGAAGAGUCGCCAGAAGCUCAAGUUCCAUCGUCGAUGUUUACGAAAAGCUUAAGGGCAGAAAAUGGUACAGCUCUUUGCCACCAAUUGUACACUUGGCAUUCGGCGAUCGUAUUGGAGAUGACUUUCGCCGGGAUGUCAAACUGGCACUCGACGCCUGGACGCAUUCUCUGACAGAGCUGAGCGGUUCGAUACAACACAUAAAGGAAAUAUGCAAUUCAACUCGAAAACACGCCGUGGCACUCAAAAGCAAAGCACUGGUGGCCAUGAAUAACAAGAAACCUGAACAAGGACUCUGGCUGUGGAAGACCAAGAUCACCACAAAUGAGGAGCACGCGCGCCAGAUCGUCAGCAAACAUAUUGAGUUCCUGGACGCUCUCUCCCAAACUCAUAACUUACUCGAAUCUACUGCAAAGAACAUCGACACAAUCAAUCACAGGCUCAAUCGUGCAAAGGUCCGAAUUUUUGACCAGCUUCAGAAGGUUUUAGUUACGUCCAGCACGAGAACAAGGUUGAAUGGUGCGAUUAUUGAAGAGUUCAGGGAAGUCGUUGGAGUGGCUGAUCAUACGAGACGGAUCCUUCUUCAAUCGAAGAAAUAA